UGGGUGGUGGAUUUACACACCAUGCUUUCCCAUUUAUGGGUGGUAGAUUUACAAGUUGCUUCUAUAAAAUGACUUGUGUAGAGCAUAGACAACUUCACAUAUUCUCUCUCUCUCCUCUCUCAUCACACACACACACACACAAACAAAUACAAUGGCUGAUAAGGAUCACAAAAAGCUUCAUGCUAUCAUGAUUGCAUACCCUCUCCAAGGCCAUAUAAUCCCCACCGUCCACCUAGCCAUCAAGCUCGCAUCAAAAGGCGUCACCAUCACUUUCAUCAACACUCAACCCAUCCACCACCAAAUAUCCAAAUCCAACCCACCACCACCACCACCAUCCUCCACCGCCGUAGACGGCGGUGAUUUCUUCGCCGGAGCACGUAAUUCCGGCCUUGACAUCCGAUACGCAACGGUCUGCGACGGUCUUCCGCUGGGUUUUGACCGGUCUCUGAAUCACGACCAGUUCAUGGAGUGUCUACUGCAUGUUUUUUCGGCCCACGUGGACGAACUUGUCGGAAAGAUAGUUCGGUCGGAGUUGGAGUCGGAGUGUCCGGUAACUUGUUUGAUCGCCGACACUUUCUUUGUUUGGCCGUCGGUGAUUGCGAAGAAGUAUAACCUAGUUCAUGUUUCAUUCUGGACUGAACCAGCUUUGGUCUUGACUUUGUACUAUCACUUGGACCUGCUUAGAAAGAAUGGUCAUUUUGCUUCUCAUGAUAAGCGUGAGGACACAAUAGAUUACAUACCUGGAGUGCGGUCCAUCAAACCAACGGACCUGAUGUCAUAUCUUCAGGCCACCGAUAUAGGGACCGUGGUGCACCGGAUAAUCUACAAGGCAUUUGAGGACACGAAGAGAGCAGAUGUGAUUGUCUGCAACACAAUCCAAGAGCUUGAACCAGAAACAAUCUCAGCCCUAAAUCAGAAGAAGCCAACUUAUGCAAUUGGGCCCAUUUUCCCAACUGGGUUCACCAAGAGCACCGUGGCUAUGAGCCUGUGGUCCGAGUCAGAUUGCACCCAUUGGCUCGACACCAAGCCUCAUGGGUCAGUUUUGUACAUCUCAUUUGGUAGCUAUGCUCACACUAGCAAGCAUGACAUUUUGGAGAUAGCUCAUGGGCUUUUGCGUAGUGGGGUGAGUUUUGUUUGGGUGAUUCGGCCUGAUAUCGUGAGCUCCGAGGAUCUUGAUUUCUUACCCGUUGGAUUUGAAGAAAAUGUCAAAGGCCGGGGAGUGAUCGUGCCGUGGUGCUGUCAGAUUGAUGUGAUCUCUCAUUCAGCGAUCGGAGGGUUUUUAACGCACUGUGGAUGGAAUUCGAUAUUAGAAAGUGUAUGGUGUAGUGUUCCGUUGAUUUGUUUUCCUUUGUUGACCGAUCAAUUCACUAAUCGAAAAUUAGUGGUGGAUGAUUGGAAGGUUGGGAUUAAUCUAUGUGACGAAAGAUCAAUCACAAGAGAGGAGGUUGCGGAGAAGAUUAACCGUCUGAUGUGUGGAAAAACAUCGGACCAGAUAAGGAAGGAGAUCAAGAAAAUGAGGAAGGUACUAGAGGAUGCAUUGGCCUCUGAUGGGUCGUCCCAAAGAAAUUUCGAUCAAUUCAUAGAGGAUUUGAAGAUCAAAGUCAGCCAAAGAAAUGGGAUUGCCACGUGGCAACACGAGGAUGCAUCAUCCAAUCAUGCAUAGAUUCCACGGUGAUCUAGUCAAAAAACUUAAUAAAAAAAAAGUUUGGGGUCCGUUUGACUAGUUUUAGAAUAAUAAUUUAAGUGUGGAGUUGUAUUUUAAAUUUUAAGUUUUUGAAUUAUGAUAAAGAAAAAAUUUGUCUGGUUAUAAGUUUUGAAAACAGUUUUAGGAUGAUUUGUAAUUUUUUUU